UUGCUCCGCCCCCUGUGUUUGUCGUAAACCUGGCUCCUGGCUACAAUAAACCCGAGCUAAGAGCGCCCUGGGCUCGCCUCCUUCUCCAAGGCGAUCAAUCGGAUCUCAGGCGUUCUACAAGCACUCUCUUACGUAGCCAUCCAGAAGGAGAGAGCUUCAACAACACGGUUGAUUUGCUCAACAAAAUCUACCUGCUUUCUGAACCAUGUCGUUGAGCCCAAAGCAUACAACGCCUUUCUCAGUGACUGAUAUUUUGAGUCCUAUCGAGGAGACCUACAAGAAGUUUAGUGGCAUGGACGGCGCAGGGAACCUAACCUCUCCACUGGGAGCUUACCGACAGCCUCAGGUUUCCCAGACUGGCAUGCAACAGCACUCCAUGGGACACAACGCUACCGUGGCGACCACCUACCACAUGCCACACACUGUCUCCCAGUUCUCGCACAGUGCCAUGGGGGGAUACUGCAAUGGGAGCAUUGGCAACAUGGGAGACCUUCCGUCGUACCAGGAAACCAUGAGAAAUAGCGCAGCAGCAACAGGGUGGUAUGGCGCGAACACGGAUCCAAGAUAUUCAACGAUUUCUAGAUUCAUGGGACCUUCCACAGGUAUGAACAUGACUGGAAUGGGGACCCUGACAGGCAUGGGGGACGCCUCCAGGUCCAUGCCACCCCUGCACGCAGCGCCCAGGAGGAAACGACGGGUACUAUUCUCCCAGGCUCAGGUGUAUGAGCUGGAGAGGAGAUUCAAACAACAGAAAUACCUCUCUGCACCAGAGCGGGAACACCUGGCCAGUAUGAUCCACCUGACACCGACCCAGGUCAAGAUCUGGUUCCAGAACCACAGGUACAAGAUGAAGCGGCAGGCCAAGGACAAAGCCGCGCAGCAGCUGCAGCAGGAAAGCAACAUGUGUCAGCAACAACAGUCUCCGAGGCGCGUGGCCGUGCCUGUUCUGGUGAAGGACGGUAAACCGUGUCAGAACGGCUCCAACACGCCAACUUUGAACCAGCAGCAGGUACAGCAGCAGCAAGAACAGCAACAUAACGGCUCUGGGUUGCUCCCUGCUUCCAGUAAUGCCAUCAAUCAACAUCAAAACCAGCAGGUCCACUCCUUAGUUCAGGCCCAAGACCUGGAGGAGAUAUCACCUAGCCCCCCUUCACUCCACAGCCAGAUCAACAUGGCGCAGAUAGACACUUCUGCUCUAGACUACACCAAUAACAUGGUCAGCUCCAACCUCCUCUACGGCAGAACGUGGUAGGACCUGCUGUCCUUUUACAUUUUUAUAUUUUAACCUGCGGAUGAGCUUAAGAGAAAACGAGACAUGUAUCAUGUUGAUAUACACAUCUGUGCGAAAAUUGAGCCCUUGGGUGGCUGAGAUGACAACACGCUCAGUCGCAUCAGCUGGUCAGGGCACAUUUUCUUGACAUUUCUAAGAGGGAGACUAUUUUUGAACAUUACACGAAAUGGCUGCCCUUGAAACAGAUUGUGUCGUUUCGGGACCUUUUAUAAUCAAUGUGAUGGACUUCCUCAUGAUGUUAACGUAGAUGGGGACUGGAGGGAAAAGGGAGAGAUAUAGGUGGGAUCAGGUAUGAACUCUCAAGGUACUAAACCACCCCUCAUUUGCGGUGAUAACCUUGGUAUAAUAUGCUAUUGAUAUUGUAAACUAAUGUAUUCAUUUAGACUUAAAGAAAGUAGAAACUGUAGGCCUAUAUGAAGUUUCAUUCCAAAACGCUAUAUAUCAAUUUUCAGAAAUGUUGGUCAAUUUUAUUGUUUAAAUAAUUAAAUUAUGAAAGAGA